GAGCUCUGUCGGUUCUUCUUCUACGUCUGGCAUGACUUCCUGCUUGGGCAAAGCAGCCACGAAGUUGAUAGAGGCCCUGCUCGCAAAGUCUUCAGCCUAGCAUUCUCCUUCUUCAUCCUUGUGACGCUUUCAAGCUACACGGCAAGUUUGGCAUCGAUGCUAGUGGUUCAAAGGGCGGCGUCCGCCGAGAUCAACAGCAUAGCCGAUGCCAUCGAGCAGGGUGUUUCAAUCUGCGCGCCAUCUGUUUUGACGGACACUUUCAAGGAGAUUUAUCCGGUGACGUUUGUCGAGUGCAGCAGAAUCGCUGAGUGCCCACGCCUUCUACACGCAGGGCAAUGUAGCGCGAUGAUUGUGUCAGAGGAUAUCAUUGGCAGCAUGCAUGCAGGCACUAUCCAGGAAGGAGACUGUGAAGAUGUGAGAAGCGGAAGCAUCACUGAAGAAGUUGGACGGUGUGAGAGCACCCACCGGGGAGUACCGCGAAACGACUGUGACCUCAUCAAGGUGGGCGACCUCCUGUGGAGUGUGCCUCUGUCCUUCCCCAUCAGCGAGAGAAUGGCUCACAGCAUGUCUUGGGCUGUCACUCGGGCCAUUGCAAGAGGGGUGUUUGAGCAGGUGCGCGAGUCCAAGAAGAACAAGGAUGCUUUCCCAGUGUCCAAGUGCGAAGUGAUUGAGAACCGCACCGAAGAAGAUGGACUGAACUUGGCUGACCUUACUGGAACCAUUUUCAUCGCUAUCUUCAUGGUGGGUAUUGGGUUGAUUUGCUACGUCCUAGAGGUUUUAAAGCGGGCAAGAAGACGGGCUGACCCUCCUGAUGCUCCAGAUCCCAAGGAUGAGGAGCUUGAGCCGAAGCAGAUCACUGCCAGCGCAGCCCCAGAGUCCGUCGAGGAAAAGAUGGAGGAAGGCCAGUGCCUGGCGGUUCCAGCAGAGAAGGCGGCGGCCGAGAUGUUGGCGCCAGCACCACAGGUCAUGGAGGCUCCUCCACAAGAACAGCAGGCGUUGCUGGAUGAGGAGGACAAGGCCAGCGUGCCCAAGACGCGGCUCCACGGCAGCCGUGUAUCAGAGGACUCGGGCAAGCCCGCCCCGCAAGGACAAGGUGUGCUGGAAGACGAGGCGCUUCAGGAAAAACCCCAAGCAGCCUCGCACAAGCCGCGGCACCACGGGAGCCGAAGCUCCGAGGAGUCUGAUCUGGGCUCAGAUCCGAGCCCUAUCUUGCAGCCGCAAAGCGGCCCACCGCAAGCAUCUCCCCUGGUGCAUGAUCUCGCGAGCUCAAGGCCCACGAAGAUGACUCCUCGGGACGAACAGUACGUCAGAAAGGGUCCGCGCCUGGUGACCGUCGUCAGGAGUCCUCGGUAG